AUGUCAGGCUACGACCAAUAUAACCAGGGCGGUGGCUACGGUCAACAAGGUCAAGGCUAUGGUCAGCAUCAAGGCGGCUAUCAACAACAAGGCCAGUACGGUCAAGAACAAGGCUAUGGCGGACAACCUGCGCAGCAUCAAGGUUACGGCGCCCCUCCCGCACCUCAAUACGGCGGCGACUAUCAGCAACAAGGCUCAUACGGACCACCACAGCAAGGCGGCUUCCAGCAUGGCAAUCAAGGCUAUGGUGGCGAGCAAGCCCACUAUGGUCAGCAGCAGCAUCAGCAGGGCUAUGAACAGCAGGGUCAAGCGGGGGAGUAUGGUCAGCAGCAGCACCAGCAGGGUGGUCCUUGGGGCCAAGGUCCACCACCAUCCGGCGACCCAAACAACCCAUACGGCUACGACCGCGCCCCAGCCGAUCCCAACAACCCACAAGAAGGCGAGCGUGGUUUCGGCGGUGCCAUAGCAGGCGGCCUUGGCGGCGCCUUCCUUGGCGGUAAAGCCGGCCACGGCAUCAUCGGUGGUCUGCUUGGCGCAUUCGCAGGCAGCAAAGCCGAAGAUGCCUUCAAGGACCGCAACAAGAACAACCAGCAGCAAUCAUACGGCGGCGGCUCGCAGUACGGUGGCGGUUCGCAGUACGGCGGCUCGUCUGGCUCAGGCCAUCACCAUCACCACCACAAGCGUGAGGGCGAGUACUAG